AUGGCAUCAUCGUUAUUAACGUAUGAAACGUUGAUUCAUGCUGUAGCAGGGGCAACGGGGAGUGUUAUUGGGAUGACUGCAUUUUAUCCAUUAGAUACAGUGAGAUCCAGACAACAAGUCGAGGAUUCUAAUAAACUUCAAGGUCCCGCUUGGGAAAUAUUGGUAAAGAUAGCAAAAGAAGAAGGUUUUGAUUCUUUAUAUAGAGGAUUGUGCCCAGUUUUGCAAUCAUUAUCUAUAUCAAACUUUGUUUACUUCUACACAUUUCAUGCUUUGAAGAAAUCCAGUAGUAAUUCUUCUGCCUUAAGUGAUUUACUCUUUGGUAUUAUAGCAGGUAGCAUUAAUGUAGUAAUAACAUCUCCUCUUUGGGUAGUCAACACUAGAAUGAAGUUGGCUAAGAAUGAUUAUAAAAGUCUUUUCUCUGGGCUUAUGGAAGUAUUUGAUAAGGAAGGUGUAAAAGGUUUAUGGUCAGGUACUGUGCCUUCUCUGCUACUAGUAUCUAACCCAGCUAUACAGUUUAUGGUGUAUGAAUCUUUAAAACGAAACUUGAUGGCGAUGAAACGUUUUAAUACAUACUCCGCCUUCCUCUCUGGUGCUAUAGCAAAAGCUAUAGCUACUACAUUAACAUAUCCCAUUCAACUAAUUCAGUCGAGAUUGAGGGCUGGUACUAGUCUGAAACCAUUGUACAAAGAUGUAAAGUCUAACCCUGUAAUAUUAUUUAGGGGCUUAGAAGCAAAAAUUAUGCAAACUGUAUUGACUGCUGCUUUGAUGUUUCUAAUAUAUGAGAAGAUAGUUCGAUUUGUAUUGACUAUUAUGCGAGUGAAAGUUAGUCGUCAAUAG